GGAAGGGCCCCUCGCAGGAUGCCCCCGGCCCCCGGCAGCCCCCCGGGAGGCCCAGAGCUCGACGUCGCACCCCGACUUGGCCAUGUCCCCCCCGGGCUCGGCCGCGGGCGAGGGCGCAGGAGGCGGCGGAGGCGGCGGUGGCGGCGGCCCGGGGGUCCCCGAGGAGCCCACGGUGACGGACGACGGGCCGGCCCGAGAGGAGCAGCGGCCCAUCCAGCCCUCUUUCACCAAGUCCCUCUGCCGUGAGUCCCACUGGAAGUGCCUGCUGCUCUCGCUGCUCAUGUACGGCUGCCUGGGGGCCGUGGCGUGGUGCCACGUCACGACAGUGACCCGCCUCACCUUCAGCAGCGCCUACCAGGGCAACAGCCUCAUGUAUCACGACAGCCCCUGCUCCAACGGCUACGUCUACAUCCCUUUGGCUUUCCUGCUCAUGCUGUACGCCGUCUACCUGGUGGAGUGUUGGCACUGCCAAGCCCGCCAUGAGCUGCAGCAUCGAGUGGACGUGAACAGCGUGCGGGAGCGUGUGGGGCGGAUGCAGCAAGCCACCCCCUGCAUCUGGUGGAAGGCCAUCAGCUACCACUACGUCCGGCGCACCCGCCAGGUCACGAGGUAUCGCAAUGGAGACGCCUACACCACCACCCAGGUCUAUCAUGAGCGGGUCAACACGCAUGUAGCCGAGGCUGAGUUCGACUACGCGCGCUGCGGUGUCCGCGACGUGUCCAAGACCCUGGUGGGCCUGGAGGGCGCCCCGGCCACGCGUUUGCGCUUCACCAAGUGCUUCAGCUUCGCCAGCGUGGAGGCUGAGAAUGCCUACCUGUGCCAACGGGCCCGCUUCUUCGCCGAGAACGAAGGCCUGGAUGACUACAUGGAGGCACGAGAGGGCAUGCACCUCAAGAACGUGGACUUCCGCGAGUUCAUGGUGGCCUUCCCUGACCCGGCCCGUCCACCCUGGUAUGCCUGCUCAUCGGCCUUCUGGGCCGCAGCCCUGCUCACCCUGUCAUGGCCACUGCGGGUGCUGGCAGAAUAUCGCACGGCCUAUGCACACUACCAUGUGGAGAAGCUCUUCGGCCUCGAGGGGCCCGGCUCGGCCAGCAGCGUGGGUGGCCUGAGCUCCCCCAGCGAUGAGCCUUUGCCCCCACUGGCCCUCACACAUCGCCUGCCCCGGGUCAACACGGUGGACAGCACAGAACUCGAGUGGCACAUUCGUUCCAACCAGCAGCUGGUGCCCAGUUACUCAGAGGCCGUGCUCAUGGACCUUGCCGGGCUGGGCGCACGCUGUGCAGGGGGCUACGUGCCCACCAGCCGCUACGGUGGGGUGGGUGGCCCGGGUGCAGCAGGAGUGAGCCCCCUGAGACGCAGCUGUGAGCACUGUCAGCGAGCGGCCAGCAGCUCUUCCAUCUUCUCCCGCAGUGCUCUGAGCAUCUGUGCCAGCCCUCGUGCCGGCCCGGGCCCAGGUUCAGGGCCAGGCCUAGGCCUCGGGUGUACGGGCAGUCGCUUCUCCCUCGGCCGGCUCUACGGUUCCAGGCGCAGCUGCCUGUGGCGCAGUCGGAGUGGCAGUGUCAAUGAAGCCAGCUGUCCCACGGAGCAGACGCGCCUGUCCAGCCAGGCCAGCAUGGGCGAUGAUGAUGACGACGACGAAGACGAGGACGAGGAGGUGGCCGGGCCGCCACCGCCCUACCACGACGCCCUGUAUUUCCCCGUCCUCAUUGUGCACCGGCAGGAGGGAUGUCUGGGCCACAGCCACCGGCCGCUGCACCGCCACGGCUCCUGCGUCGAGACCUCACUGUGACUGCCAUACUCCCUCCCCGGUUCGAGUCCCACCGUGUCCCUCCCAUGCUGCCGCCUGCCUGUCCGCCCGGCUGUGCUCCCUGCUUGGAGCAGGGGGAGUCGUGUGGGGACUGGGCCUCGGGUGUCCCUUGGGGUGGACAUCCCAGCUUCCCUGUACAUAGACCGAUGGGUGGGAGCUUCCUAGAAGGCCACCCCAGCUGGGGGUCUCUGUGUCCCCCCGCUGCCCCCAGGGGCCGCCUCUGCUCCCUAACACGCACACGAAAUUUCCCAUCCAGCCUUCCAAUCGAUCUACUACUGACUGUUAACGUGGCGGCGACUGGGCUGUGGGGACCUCCGUGGGCAGCCAGGCACCCACCUUUCUGUGAAUGUGGGCCGUGGUUUGACAGCGUCUGUUUCCCUAGGUCCGAGGCCUCCCACAGCCCGGUGUCAGCCCCAGGGCCUUCCUUGCUCUCCUCUCCUACGGCCCAGAUGGGGCUUCCUUUUGUGCCCCUCCCUUGGCUGCUGUUUAUCUCCCCAGACACCCCACCACUACUACCACCACCCCC